GCAUCUGAUGUAGUUCAGAUACAGGCAUGAUGCGCGUGGGCUCGGUGUGGCUGGCGGCUGUAGUCGUCUCAUUACCCCUCCUCUCCCUCUGCGACCCUCUCUACAUUCUCUCGGCCCCGAACCUGCUGAGAGUCGGGUCCCCGGAGAGAGUGUUUGUGGAGGCGCAGGACUAUUCUGGAGCCAGUCUGCAUGUUAAAAUCUCAGUGAGAAACUCUAAAGACAAGCGUGAAGUGACGAGUACAUCAGUUGCUCUGACAUCUGCCGUGAACUACCAGGCUCUGGUUGAGAUAGUGGUACCUGGUAAUGCAUAUUCCUUUGAGAAGGGAGUGGAGCAAUAUGUGAUCCUGCAAGCUCAGUUUCCACACAAGCUGCUGGAGAAACAGGUCAUGGUGAUUUUUCAAUCUGGACACAUAGUUUUACAGACUGAUAAGACCAUCUACACUCCAAACAGCACAGUGUUUUACAGGUUGUUUUCACUGAGUCCAGGCAUGACACGGGCCGUAGAAAGUGGAGUCCGAGUGGAGAUCUUGACACCUGAUGGCAUCAGCCUUCAGAGCAAAUCCGUUUAUCCCAAUGGAGGACUGGUGUCAGGAACAUUCAGCCUGACUGAUCCGGCCAGCCCCGGGAUAUGGAAACUUACAGCGUGGCACCAGAACAGCCCACAGACAAACUUCUCCAGUGAGUUUGAAGUCAAGGAAUACGUCUUGCCCAGCUUCGAGGUCUCUUUGAGACCACAGAAAGCCUUCUUCUAUUUGAACGAUGAGAGUCUAUCAGUCGAUAUUGAAGCCAAGUAUUUGUUUGGGGAGAAAGUCAAUGGUCAUGGAUUUGUUGUAUUUGGAGUGAUUACUGAAAAUAAAGGGAAGAUAAGUAUACCAGGCUCCUUACAGAAAGUGAAGAUCUCUGACGGAAGUGGAACUGCAGAACUGAGGAGAAAACACAUCCAAGAGACCUUCCCAAACAUCACGCAGCUUGUUGGCCAAUCACUGUACAUUACAGUGAGUCUGCUGACCGACUCUGGCAGUGAAAUGGUGGAAGCUCACAGGAAAGGCAUUCAGAUCGUGACGUCACCGUACACCAUACACUUUAAAAGAACACCUCAAUUCUUCAAACCUGGGAUGCCCUUCGAUGUCUCGGUCUAUGUAACAAAUCCUGACCAAACGCCUGCUCAAAAUGUGGAAGUGGAGGUCAAUCCUGGAGGGGUCAGAGGUCAAACAAGAGCCAAUGGCAUUGCGAAGGUUACCAUAAACACUCCAGGACGCACUUCUACACUGGAGAUCACCGCAAAGACCAAAGAUCCACAAUUAAAAGACAUACAGCAGGCAGAGAAGAAGAUGACGGCUCUCGCUUACAUUCCCAAAGGCGGCUCAAACAACUACCUGCAUAUCGGCAUUGAUUCUGCAGAGCUUCAGAUCGGUGAUCAAAUGAAAGUCAAUCUCAACACUGGACAAAGUCCAGGAGCCAGAGAUCAAGAUUACACAUACAUGAUCUUGAGUAAAGGUCAGAUUGUUAAAGCAGACAGGUUUAAGAGGAGAGGACAAUCUCUAGUGUCUCUGUCUCUACCUGUAACCAAAGACAUGGUGCCGUCCUUCCGCUUUGUGGCUUAUUAUCACGUGGGCUCGUCUGAGGUGGUGUCUGAUUCAGUCUGGGUCGACGUGAAGGACACGUGCAUGGGAACGCUUAAAGUGGAAGUCCACGAUCCUGAGAAUGUCUAUGAGCCUGGUGAACAAUUCGGCCUGAGAGUAACAGGAGACCCUGGGGCCAAAGUUGGGUUGGUUGCUGUGGAUAAAGGCGUUUAUGUUCUCAACAACAAGAACAGACUAACUCAAACAAAGAUCUGGGAUGUUGUUGAGUCGCAUGACACUGGCUGCACAGCAGGAAGUGGAAAAGAAAGCAUGCAAGUUUUUAGCGAUGCCGGCCUGCUGUUUGAGUCCAGCUCAGCUGGAGGCACUAGCGUCAGAAAAAAUGCCGCAUGCCUUUCUUCAUCUCGAAGGAAAAAACGAGAAGUGACCAUAACACAACUCUGGGAGACUCUAGUGAGCAAGUACUCUGGCCUUGGGAAGGAAUGCUGUAUGGAUGGAAUGAAGAGUAUGGUUGAUUUGACAUACACUUGUGAGUAUCGGGCAAGCUUUAUCGUGGACGGAGAGGAGUGCAGACAGGCUUUCCUACACUGCUGCAAUGAGAUGACCGGCCGCAACAGAGAGUCGGAUAAACAGGGCGAACAGACUCUAUCCCGCAGUGAAGCCGAUGAAUUCGUGAACUCAGAUGACAUUGUGUCACGCACGCUCUUCCCUGAAAGCUGGCUUUGGGAGGAAGUGGUGUUGCCUAACUGUCCCUCAACCAACCAUCAGUGUCAAACAACCACCAGACUUAGAGAUGGCCUCCAGUUGAAAGACUCCAUAACCACCUGGGAGAUCACAGCCAUCAGCUUGUCCAAGACUCAUGGUAUCUGUGUGGCAGAUGUUCAUGAGAUGAUAGUGAUGAAGAACUUCUUUAUUGACCUAAAGAUUCCCUAUUCAGCCGUACGCAACGAGCAAAUUGAAAUCAAGGCUGUUAUCCACAACUUUUACAGCAGAAAAGUAAAGGUACGUGUGGAACUGAAGGAAACCAAGGACAUCUGCAGCCCGGCCAGUAAUAGAGGAAAGUACCAAAUCGUAGUGGCGGUCAAUGCUAAAUCAUCGUAUUCAGUACCUUUUGUCAUUGUCCCAAUGGCUUUGGGACGCCACGCAAUUGAGGUCAAGGCGUCCGCCUCGGGACGUGGAAGCGAUGGCGUGAAGAAAGAUCUCCUAGUGGUGGCUGAAGGCGUGUUGACUAAACUUAAUGAAAAUCUACAGUUAAGUCCUUCUAAGAAAGGUGGUGAACAUGUGGAGGUUAUCAGGAGCCUUAUACUGAGGGACCAGGCGCCAAACACACCUGCGAGCACAUAUAUAUCCGCAAUAGGAGACACGAUCAGCAUAACAAUAGAGGCGGCUAUAAGUGGUCAUGCCAUGGGUUCGCUGGUUGUCCUGCCGGGUGGCUGUGGGGAGCAGAACAUGAUGGGCCUAACGAUGCCUGUCAUUGCAACACAUUACUUGGAUAAAACCAAUCAGUGGCACACCGUGAAGGCUGGGCUUAGACAGACAGCUGUUUCCUAUAUUACAAGAGGUUAUAAUCAGGAGCUGGCGUAUCGUAAAGCCGACGGGUCGUAUGGCGCAUGGAUUACUCACCCAAGCAGCACCUGGUUGACCGCGUAUGUUGCUAAAGUAUUCGCCAUGGCCAGUAACAUCAUACACAUAGACCAGAAUGUGAUCUGCUCUGCUCUCAAGUGGCUCAUCCUGAACAAGCAGUUACCUGAUGGUGCUUUCAGAGAAGAUGCCCCUGUAAUUCAUGGAGAAAUGACUGGGAACGUACGUGGGGCAAACUCACAAGCAUCCAUGACGGCCUUUGUGCUCAUCGCCCUACAGGAGGGGAGAAACCAUUGUGCUGGCCGGAUCGCAAGUCUCGACAGUAGCAUUUCUAAAGCCAUCGCAUACCUUAAAUCUCAGUUCCAUGGUCUGACGAACCCAUACUCAGUGGCUAUGACAUCUUAUGCUCUAGCCAAUGGAAACGCACUUCACAAACAAGUCCUCUUGAGCAAAGCCUCUGCAGAUGGAAGUCACUGGGACGUGUCUGGAAGCCAUAGCUUUACUUUGGAGGCUUCGGCUUAUGCGCUCCUGGCUCUUGUUAAAGUGGAAGACUAUCAGCGCGCAGCUCCCAUCGUAAACUGGCUCAGCAAGCAGACGCAGUCCGGUGGAGGAUACGGCACGACUCAGGCCACCAUCAUGGUGUUCCAGGCUGUAGCCGAGUACAGGAUUAAAGCGAAGGUCGUAGAGCUGUUAGACCUGCAGAUGACCAUCCAAGUGGACGGCAGCCCGCAGCCGAUUGUGUUUAGGUUCAACAAGGAGAACGCUCAUCUUACACAAACAACCACGCUUCCAUCUAGCCGGCAGAUCACCAUCAGCGCCAGGGGUUCUGGAGAGCCCGCUGUAACUGUUGUGACUGAGUACUAUGCUAAACCAAAAGAGAGCAGCGGCACCUGCAAGAACUUCGAGCUUGAUUUGACUUUUGAAAGGGAUGAUCAAGUAACAUAUCGGGGAGCAACUGAGAGUUAUAAACUCACUAUACACACCAGAUAUCUGUCCGCGAACAGGGACGCCACCAUGUCUAUACUGGACAUCUCAUUACUGACGGGAUUUGUUGUGGAUGAGAACGAUCUGAAGGCGCUGUCAACUGGACGGGACAGGCUGAUUCAGAAAUUUGAGAUGGACAAGCAGCUUUCAGAGCGAGGAUCCCUCAUCCUCUACCUGGACAAGAUUUCUCAUGACAGGAGAGAUAGGAUCGCCUUCAGAAUGCACAGGAUUAUGAAUGGAGGCUUUGUUCAACCAGCAGGGGUCACUGUAUAUGAAUACUACUCCAUAGAAAAUCGCUGUGUGAAGUUUUAUCAUCUGACCAGGAAGGAAGGGGCUCUUCAAAAAAUCUGUAAGAAUGACGUCUGUCAGUGUGCCGAAGAAAACUGCAGUCUUCAACGGAAGGAGAAAAUUCACGAGGCUCAGCGUAAUAAGAAAGCAUGCGAGACAAAAAUAAAUUACGUUUAUAAGGCUGUCCUGGUGAGUGAAGAUGAGGACGCUUUAGCAGUUUAUUACAAAAUGAAGAUUGGAGUUGCUCUCAAAAAAGAGCUGGAGAACGACGUGGAGGGGAAGCUGCGCACUUUCACCGUACACAUCUCAUGCAAAGAUGCGUUGGAUUUGAAGCAGGGUGAGAGCUAUCUGAUCAUGGGCCAGUCUGAGGAUGUACAACUGGAGGGUGGAAAAGGUCAGUACGCUCUGGGCGAGAGGACCUGGGUCGAGCUUUGGCCCAGUUUGGAGCAGAGCAAGACGAGCGCUGAACUCAAAGAAAAAUAUGACGGCAUGUUGAGUCUCCAGCAGGAUCUGCGCUUCGGCUGCAGAUAAUCCGUCAAAACGGCCCUAAUGCCAGACUAUAUUACAACACUGGAUAGCUUAACUUUCAAUGUAUGUUAAACAUGAGUUAAUUUUGACUGUUUCUUUGUUUAAUAACUA